UUCUUCUUAAAUUUUUAAGCAAUUUCUGUAAAUUCUCUUGUAGUUAAUUGUUUUCUAUCCGUAUGGCCAGUAAACAAGAAGUUUUAUGCUUAAUAGAAUAAUUGCUUAUAAAGUUGAAAACCUCGGGGCAUUUAUUGGGCAAUUCUCACUUCAGAACCUAUAAUACUUUUUUCAUGGUGAUGAUGAUGGUAAUUUUCUGGAUUCAUAAUCACGUUGAAACAAGUUAAUUGUUGCCUUUUUCUUUCUUUCUUUUUUUUUCCCCACUGAUGAUAGUGACUGGGAAACUUGGUUGAAUUUUAGAGGCAUUAGUGCUUUUGGAUGUGGUAUUCUUUUGUGGAACCAAGAUCAUUCUAUUAGGAUGAUUUUUUUCUCAAAUUUCUGCUUGAAGUGUCAAAUUCACUCGAAGUACUAUUUGAAUCUGAAGUCUUCUCUCAUGCAUGUCAAGGAAACUUUGAUGGUUUUGUAGAUGAAGUCCUUUAUUUGCAUUUCAAGUAAGUGAGUUUGUAGUUGAACAUAUGAGGGGGCAAAGAGGCAAAUAAUUUCUUUCAACAUCAGUUUACUUUCUGACAGGUAUAUUAGCAUUUCCGAAAAGAAGAAUAUGCUCUCAAAGUCCCAGUAACUUCAAAUCUUGGAAGGUCUCUUAGUCUAAGGAGUCCAAUAUUUUACAAAUAGAAAGUUUUCCACUGUAAGAAGCAUUAUCCCAAAGAGUUGUUUCGCGCCAUUUAUGGCUCAUUUGGGGAGAAGAAUUUGUGAUUCCAGAUGUGAAUUUGAUUUGUUAUGACUUAUGAGUAGUAGGAUGGAUUUAGAAAAUGUACUGAAAUUGGGAAAGGUUCAAUGUAUCUAUGGAUUUGAGAUAUGCUUGGUGGAUGAAUUUGAGAAAUAAAAACCUCUGUGUGGGGUUUCAUAAACAACAAUUUGGAAAAUGAUUCAUGGAUUGGAGUGAAAUCUAAAAACCUUAUUGUUUUGAGUUCCAUUCAAGCAAUAGAGAUUACUGGAGGUCCACAUUCUUCUUAUUCUUUCGGAUCUAGUUUUCAGCAGACAUUUUGCUGGUAUUAACCUAGUUUGGAAUUUAGAACUGAUCAUGCUAGUUAAAUAUUUGCAAAAUUACGGUCUAGACUCCCAAAGCUUGAAUUAUACAUUAUCAUACUCCCUGUUUGGACUAAUAAUUAAAGUUUACAUGCAAAUUUUGGUGAUAUCAUAAAAAAUGUCAAAUGUGCUAUAAGUAUUUGUGUGUCCAGUUGAUGAGAUAAAAAUAUAUUGAAGAAGGAUCCUGGCUAUAAUCAUGAAUAAUACUUUGGUUGUUCCCCUGAAAGAUCAGAAAGAAAAAGCCAAUUUCCUUCUUGAGAUUGCUAGCAUAGAAAAGCAGUUGUGGGCAUUAAUCCACUCAAAAGGUUUAUUGCACUCUGAUGUUCGGGAUUUAUACCAUAAAGUCUGUUUAAGUUAUGAGAGUUUCAUUUUGAAUGAUCAUGAACUGACAGAAGUUCAAGAUGUUGAAUAUUCACUGUGGAAGCUACACUAUAAGCACAUUGAUGAGUUUCGUAAAAGAAUAAAAAGAAGCUCUGCUAAUUCAGAAGGUACAACAUCUGCAAUGCCCCCAAGUGGUUCUGAUGACAAACAUAUAGAAGGGUUUAAGUCAUUUCUUGUAAAAGCUACUGAAUUUUACAAAAAAUUGAUUGUGAAAGUCAGAAGGCAUUAUGGGCUUCCAGAAGAAUCUUCCUUGUUUAAAAGGGGUGGCAACAUUGCUUCUGUUGAACCAACGAAAUUGCAGAAAUGUCACUUUUUAUGUCAUCGCUUUUUAGUUUGUCUUGGGGAUCUUGCUAGAUAUAUGGAACAAUUUGAAAAAUCUAGUGUCCAGAAGCAUAACUGGUCAGUUGCAGCCACCUACUACUUGGAAGCUGCAAUAAUUUGGCCAGAUAGUGGAAACCCCCAAAAUCAGUUGGCAGUGUUGGCAACAUAUGUGGGUGAUGAGUUUCUUGCUCUAUACCACUGUGUAAGAAGUUUAGCUGUAAAAGAACCUUUCCCUGAUGCCUGGAACAAUCUCAUUUUACUAUUUGAAAGGAACAGGUCAUGUCAUUUACAUUCUCUUUCAAGUGAGGUCCACUUUGAUUUCUUAAAACCUUCUGAAAGAAGUGAUGCCUGGGUCAAAUCACAAUCAAGUAGGAAUAUUUCACAUGGCUGUCCUUUGAAGGGUGAACUUGAUCACUCUGCAGAAACAAACUUCUGGCCACUUCUUAUCAGAACAUUAAGUUUCUUCUUCUUAGAAUCCAGUUUGGAGGACUUCCCUUGUGCAUUUGCAUCUACCAUGAGGGUGUUGGAUAUGAUGAUGGCUUUAGAUGAUAAAAAACUAAGAGCCAUUUUGGAGUCCUAUCAACCUAUGGAUUCAGCUAGAACAGGCCCUUUCCGUGCUCUUCAAGCUGUUUCCAUUUUCAUCUUUGUCUUCCAUAAUCUAAUUAAUAGCCCGGAAAUGGAAGGGUUAAAAGAUGGAAAGAAUAAGCAACAUCUUGAGUUGAUACAAUUUGCGUUGACUGCUACUUUCAUUUUCAUGGGACGUUUUGUUUAUAGAUGUUUGAAGGCAAAUCCUUUGGACUCUUGUCCCCUUCUACCCACUGUUCUUGUUUUUGUGGAGUGGCUGGUGAGCAUUCUUGAUGUAGUCGAAGCUUAUGGGGUGGAUGAGAAAACAAAAAGCUCUAUUUCUUAUUUUUUUACUGCUUUUAUUGACCUUUUGAAGCAGUUCAAUAUUGGGGUUGAAGUUUUGUCCCAUGUAAGAGCUGCAUUGUGGGAAGACUAUGAGUUGAGGGGCUUUGCACCAUUAGCUCAAAUACUUGUUUCAUUAGAUUUCUCAACUAACUGGGAUCAGAUAGACAGUUAUGAAAGUGGGACUGAAUGCCGUCUUAAGCGUAUAAUCAAUGCUGCACUGAAGAUUGCAAACAGAUCAAAUGGUUCCCGUAAAUGGAUUACCUAUGAUAGUUUGGGAAGGAAAUUCUAUGCUGAAGAUGCAAAUUUAAUGCCUGAGAGGCGAGAAUCAGAAAAAGUUGAGUCCACCAAUUCUGAUGUAAAUGUCAAAGGGCUGCACCGGCAUAUUUAUGAAGCUACAAAAGAAUGUGAGACACGGAUUGCAAGUGAAAAUCUAAGCACCAUUGCUGUGGAUGAGAAAUCUGUUGCCAUGGAAGAGGAAGAAGUUAUUCUCUUCAAGCCUCUUACAAGAUAUAAUUCAGCCCCGCUCUAUGGGAUAAUUAGUAAUGCUAAAGACCCUGCAUCGCCAAACGAAAAGGAGGAAACAGUUCCUUCUGAUGAAUGUUUGCGCCGUGCUACAUCACUACUUAUAGCCCAAAACCAAGCCCAUGGUGAUACCUCAGAUUUUCAUUCUGACAUCUCUAAUUUCAAGCUUAGCAAGGCCUUCAAGCAGCAGGAGCCUUUUGUAAAAGAGGCUACAGCAUUCUCGUUUUCAGAAGUCCCCAUCUCUGCUGGUCCUCCCUCUCUUAGUGCUUGGGUUUUAGACAGAGGAAGUUUAAGCAUUACUGAAAAGGGGAGAAGUGAUGUUCAUAGACGGGGCUUAAGCCCUAUUGAGGAAAUAGCUACUUCAUCCAUGAAUGAUCUCUCCAUCCAUGAAACCGAGGAUUCUGCCACUUCUUCAAGAUCUGAAGUUUCAACCAACCAUUACUCACCUACUCCAUAUUCAGCUCCUGCUCCUUCUGCCCCUUUUCUGCCUGAAGAUGCUGCUGCUUGGUUUCAUGGUACUCAAUCUAGUUUUUCUGAGGUGAAGGGCUCAGGGUACAGUAAUAAACCAGAGAAUUUCUAUGAUGCAUCAAGGAUAAGUGGCUACCCCAAUUGGUCUCCUUAUGGCCAACUUAAUUAUGGUUCUGCUAUUCCAGGUUUCAUGGAUAAAUACCCUCCAUUUAGCGGGAUGACUUCUUCUGAGUGGCUUCGUAAAUACAGAGAAAGUUGCAAUCUUGAUCAAGGAAAUGGGCAUGCACUGCCUAUCAACUAUUAUGCUCCCGGGAACUCCAGGAACUUUCCAACUCCUGAUGCUUCCCGCUAUGGUCUUUUUGAUCAAUAUGGAGUUCCUCCUGUUUCAAAUCCAACAAUGUUUACAGAGAGUUCAAUAUUGCCUUCAGGAUUUCCCCUUGUUUACGGCAUGGAGGAACCAAGAAGAGAAAAGCUGUUUCCUGGUUAUCAAAGACCAAGCCCUUACGGCUGUGGUGCCAUGACUGAACUUAGGGACGAACCACAGCCACUCUUGCAGUAUCUAAAGGAGAAAGAAUGGCUACUCCAGCAGGAUCCAACCCUGAGAAGUCCUACUUACAUGGGAAAUUAAAAGUUGCAACUCAAACUGUUGAUAAAAGCUGUCUUUGGACCAAAAUACAACAUUUCCCCUAGGACUUAGGUGUCAGUUUAAACAAGUUUAUAAUUGUGCAUGGAUGUACAUAUCUAAAGAAGUUGACAAUAUGUAUGUUUCAGCCAGAUGCCUUGUCUGCAAAGAGGUGUUUGAGUGUGAAGAAAUGUCCAGUUUCUCUCCACAAUGUUACAGAUUUAGGAUUGUUAUAUAUAAUACAAUAUAAUAUAAAUAUAAUGUUCUCUCAUUGACCAGAAAUAUUUUUUCCUCCAAAUAUACUUUGCCGGAUGUCAUUUGUAGUCAAAGAAAAAAUCCAGAAUCCCCAUCUAAUGAGGUGGCUCAACUCAACUCAAGCUGAAAAUGGCAAUUACCUUUUCUUAUGCUACACUGCAUGAAUAAGCAUGAAUAACAUUGAUUUUUAAAAUAAAAAAAUGCACAUUGCAUGAAUAACAUUGAUUUAAAAAAAAUAAUAACAUUUCUGUUGCCGGGGAUUGAAUCCAGGUCCACUGGGUGAAAGGCAAACAUCCCAGCCACUGGACGACAAAAACGUAAAAACAAGUACUAAUGUAGGCCUAAAGGCAUUCGGUGACUUUUGCUGCCUGAGUCUCUAACUCAAUAUCUAAAGAUACACUAGACUAAACUCAAAUGGAAGGGAAACAGUAAGCAG